AUUUCUAUCUAAAAUUUUCGGCAAAUACAUGUAUCAGUGUUCAGCAUCCCCACUUCAUUCAGAACUCUUUCACGUUCUUCUUCUUCCUCAUCGGCGGCGGAGAUGCUGCGGUUUGCUCGUCGGCUUCUGAGCAACAUGCCGGAAAACACCGUUUACCCGAAGCCGCAAUUAGAGGGGCAACGCGUGACUUUGAACCAGCUCCGGCAGAAAUACCGCCGCUCCGAACCAAUCACCGUCGUCACUGCUUACGAUUACCCCUCCGCCGUACACGUCGAUGUCGCCGGCAUUGAUGUUUGCCUUGUCGGCGACUCUGCAUCCAUGGUCAUCCACGGUCACGACACCACCCUCCCGAUCUCCCUCGAUGAGAUGCUCGUCCAUUGCCGCGCAGUUGCGCGGGGAGCAUCUCGACCUCUCCUUGUAGGCGAUCUACCCUUCGGCUCCUACGAGUCUUCCUCCUCCCAGGCGGUCAAUACGGCGGUUAGGGUUUUGAAAGAAGGGGGCAUGGACGCGAUCAAGCUUGAGGGAGGGGCGCCGUCGAUGAUAUCGGCGGCAAAGGCUAUUGUGGAGGCGGGGAUUGCUGUUAUGGGACAUGUUGGGUUAACUCCUCAAGCCAUUAGUGUUCUUGGUGGGUUCAGGCCGCAAGGGAAGACCAUUUGCAGCGCUGUCAAGGUUGUGGAAAAUGCUAUUGCAUUGCAGGAGGCUGGGUGCUUCUCGGUUGUGGUUGAGUGUGUGCCGGCGCCUGUGGCUGCUGCUACCACUUCUGCCUUACAAAUCCCAACUAUUGGCAUUGGUGCAGGACCGUAUUGCAGUGGACAGGUGCUGGUUUACCAUGACUUGUUAGGAAUGCUGCAACACCCUCACCAUGCAAAGGUCACCCCUAAAUUUUGUAAGCAGUAUGGUCGUGUGGGUGAUAUAAUCAAUAAAUCACUCUCAGACUUCAAACACGAAGUCGAGAAUCGAGUAUUUCCAGGUCCAUCCCAUACUCCAUACAAAAUAAGCGCGGAUAUUGUUGAUGGCUUUCGCAAGGAACUGGAGAAAAUGGGCUUGAAAGCUGCUGCUUCCGCUGCGGCCGCAACUGUUGAGAACUCGGAAAGCACUGGAAAACCAUCAGCAGACACUUCUGCUCCAUGAGUUUACUGAGUUGAUUGCCUGGAAAACAGGGAAGGAAAACCCGAGAAAGGAGAAAAAUCGACCUCUGGGCCUUUCUCUCUCUUCCUCCCUUUCUCUGGCUUGUAAGAAGUUAGAUUCUCCUUCGACUUGCCGGGAGAAGAUCAUUAAGAAAAGUGGAGAAUCUAGGCCUACAGAGCACAUACAUCCUCUUCUUUCCCCCUCUCUAUACAGGUAUCUCAUGGGUAUGGAUCCCACGUUCUACAAAUAUGCAAUAGUAAUGAUAAAAUUCAAUCCUACCUUAUGGUAUAUGGUAUUAGUAACUUUCUAUGCUAUAGUUUAUGGUUGUUUAGGUUUCUUUUGACUUCUCUUAAAAGAGAGCUAGCCUAGAUUUUACUGGCUUUUUUGCCCUGUUUCAA